UUUUCAAUUGUCAAACUAUGUAUAGAAGGAACAUACAUUAAACUCCACAUAUAUAUAUAGUUAGCUAGCCAAUAAAAGAAGAAAGAAGAAGAAAAAAGAACCGAACAUUAAGAUUACUAUGGAUGAUAACAUGUCAUACGAUGAAUCAAUAAAAGAUGAACGACAACACGAAAUUACAAUUAAAUCGAGGAGGGUUGAUCCACCAUCUCAUUAUGCAUUUCAAAUUGAUUCUUACUCAGUGCUGUCAGAAAUAGAGAUGAAGAAAUGUGAAUCAGGAGACUUUGAAGUUGAUGGCUACAUGUGGAAAUUAAUUUUAUAUCCAAAUGGAAAUGGAGAAGUGGAAGAUCAUAUUUCUCUCUUCUUGGCUAUAUCAACUAAUGAUAAUAAUAAUCUUCCUCUUGGUUGGGAAGUGAGGGUAAUUUUCAGAUUCUUUAUAUUUGAUCAAAUCAGAGAUAACUAUUUAACAAUCCAAGAUGGGAAAAUGAGGAAAUAUUCUAAAAUGAAAAGUGAACAUGGAUUCACUCACUUGAUUUCUCAUAAUGUUUUCAGUAAAGCCUCCAAUGGCUUCCUUGUGAACAAUAGUUGUACAUUUGGAGUUGAAGUUUCUAUACUUAAAGCCUCAAACAAGGGAGAGAGAUUAACCAUUUUUAGAGAGCCUCAACAAGACACCUAUUUUUGGACCUUAUACUCAUUUUCUGCUAAAACCAAUCAAUCUUAUAUCUCCGAACCCUUCAAUGUCAAAGGAAGAAAAUGGAGAAUGGAGAUAUACCCAAAUGGUAAUUCCUUGGGAAAGACUUCACAUAUAUCUCUUUACUUGAAGUUGGAUAAUUCAGAGACCAUUCCUUUGGGGAAGAAAAUCUAUGCAAAAUUUCUCCUUGGUGUUUAUAACUUUUCAGCCAAAAAAUAUAUUGACAAAUCAUAUGAACAUUGGUUUAAAACCCCAGGCCAUGGCGAUGGUUUUGAUGAGUUCUUGUCUAGAAGAGAAAUUAGUACUCAUUCGCAAAAUGAUGCUUUCUAUCUCAAAGCUAGAAUUGUGGCUAUGUCAACUGUGGAUGAAUUUUGAUAAUCAUGGGCAUCAUUUGUCUCGAUAACUUACAUUGACUUACCAUAUAUUAUAAUUUGUAUAUUUUUAUUAAUUAAAUGUACUGAUCUUAUAGAGACAUUAUUACUGCACACAUGAUCAUAUUGAAUUGUGUUCAAAGUAAUAAUGCAUGGUAAAUAAAUAAUGGAGUUUGAGCUAGAUAUUAA